AUGGCGAGCGAGAGGUUCGCACUGAUCACCGGGUGCGGAUACGGCGGAAUCGGCCAUGCUCUUGCCUCCCGACUCAGGAAAGAAAAGUUUGAGGUCAUCGCAACCCUUCUCCCCCACGAAGAUGCCCAUCACCUGGAAUCCGAGGGCAUACAUGUCACCCGGACCGACGUCACCAAGGACGAGAGCGUGGAGGAGCUGAAGCAGACCCUCCAGAAGCUCACAGGAGGAAGGCUGGACAUCCUGAUUAACAAUGCGUCCGUUCAAGCCCCGUCUAGCAUAACUGGCUACACCAUGCCGGCAACGGACACUAAGGCGGCCGAGGUGCAAAAGAUGUUCAGCGUGAAUGUUUUCGGCCCCAUGCGUGUCGUCCACUACCUACAUCCCUUCCUCAUCGCGGCCAAGGGCGUGAUUGUCAAUACUGGGUCCAUUGGUGGCGUCUGUCCUUACGUCUACGGCGCGUCCUACAAUGCCAGCAAGGCCGCCUUGCAGCACUAUGGAAACACCUUGCGUGUGGAGCUGCGUCCGUUCGGCGUCCGCGUCGUGAACGUCAUUAGCGGAGAGGUGGCUACGAACAUUCUCAAGAACGACCAUGGGAGAUCCUUACCUGAGGAUUCGGUGUACUAUCCCAUGAAUGACGCCUUUGUAGCCCAUCUCCACCGGACGCCAGACGCCAUGAAGCCAGAUCAAUAUGCAGCGGGAGUGGUGAAGGAGAUAUUGAAGAAAUCACCGGCGGCCUGGUUCUGGUUCGGUAAUUCUUCCGGCCUCAUCCGUUUUAUCGAUACAUUUCUCCCACGGACGUUCUGGGACUGGUUCUUUGGUCGUCUGUUUGGCUUGGGAAAGCUGGCAGAUACCCAACCCGGGAAGAUCAGGCUUUCAUGA